AUGGGGAUCAAGUAUCCAAGUGGAGACAACAACUUUCCAAUUCCAUAUCCAGGGUUGUCCAUACCAUACAGCAUGAAGGCCCGCACAAGCACCCGCAAACAGGAUGCAGCCAAGCACCCAGGGUUUCGGAGUGCAAUAUGGACGCUGCAGCGGUUGCUGUCGUACUCGGCGCCAUUAUCGCAGACAUCGGUCACCACCAGUGACGGCGUUGACGCCGCAGCUGCACCAUCAUCGUCAACGUCAGCACGGUCAUCGACAUGUCGACGGCUGUCGGCUGCGUUUGCGGAGGGGCGCAGCAGCUGGGUGAGCGCUCUGACUUCCGCACUGUUUCGUAGUGGUGGCGGCGGCGCCGCCGCCGCCGGCAGCGUCAACGUCGCGCCGCUGGUGUACGCCAACCCUGUCGGCGGCAUCAACGCAGCUUCGCCGGCGGCUUCGCGCGCCGCAGCUGCACGGCUCCUGUCGAUGCUUGGAUCAGCUCCAGUCCAAGAGAUUCUGGCCAGGGACCCGACGUCAGGUGUGACACCCUUUCGCCGCCUGGACCGGAUGACCACCCGCACAAAUGAGUCGACCGCCCCCCUCGAGUCGACUUCACCGUCGUCGCUGCAGCUAUUGCAGCAGCAGCAGGUCAGUGCGGUAAUGGUGGCGCCAGCUACGCAGCAAGACCUGGACCUGGCUGACCUAACUGAGCGGCUGUGGGACCAUCCGAACGCGGCUCCAGCGCUGCGAGUGCCUGGGGCUGAAACCCUUUGGCCGUACUUUGACGCGGCCAUCGCGGAGCUCUCGCCGUACAACUCACCUCAGCUGUCAUUGACGCCUUCCACGAACCUGCCGUACGCCGACGACGAGCCGCCGGAGACGCCGGCGGCGGCGGUGACGGCGGCGCUGACACUAUUGUCACGGAAGCUGCCGGCGGCGCUGGAAGCGGCGCUGCCGUCGCCGGCACAACGCCGUACGGAGUACCGGGCUUCGCUGUCGUACCGUCAACCGGUGCUGACUCAGCGAGUGGUGGCGCAGCCAUCGUCAUCGCGCUUACGUGUCAAACUCAUUGUCGGACUAACGCUGGGGCUUGGCGGCGGCGCCGUACUGCUGGCGGCGCGCGUCAUCCUGCAAUCUCGCCGUACGCUGCGGCGGCUGCGCGGGACCAGCAGCGGCGGCGACGACUCGUCCAACCGCCGCAAUACGGCAACGUAUGUCGUACUUGACAUUCAGGGUCUCUCUGAGCCGAGUCUUCCGGAAACAGUACGGGAGCAGGCGCUUCGGUUAUGUCACGAUGUGGUCAAGCAGCUGGCGCGCCGGUAUGAUGGGGAGCUCGUGCCGCUACCCCACGAUGAAGCAACACCGCAGCUGUCGGCGUCGGCGGCAGUACGACAUGGCGUCGGAGGAGACAGGCUGCCUGAGUCACCAGCAGCGGCUCUGCAGGCGGCUCUGGCAGCGGCGAUGAGGGGGUCCACAGCAGAUCAGGCAGCAGCGGCGGUGGCGGCGGCGGCGGCCGCUGCCGGACGGAACGCCGGAUGGCGGUGCGCCACUGUCCCCGAUGCCGCUUCCGACAUGUAUUGUCCCGACGGCGACGGCGACGACGACGGCGGCAGUAACGGACUCAUCAGGACAGACGUCGCCUCUGCCAACCCUGCGCUAUUCCUGGAGCAAUUCAAGCCUGCCACUGGUAAAGAACACCUAUCUGCAGGACAUCUCUCUGACAUGCUACUGCCGCUGCCCUCCUCGGCGACAAUUACUACGAAGGCUGCCGCUGGAGCCGCCGUUGCCGCGAAUGCCGCUGCCGGCGGCGGGCCCUGGGCGACUAUGAGCCUUAACUCCGAGCCGCACCUACCGCAGUCACCCUUUACCGUACAAUACUGUACAUCCAGCGGCGAGAUUCCCCGGCCUUUACAGGACUCGGACGGUGCGAGUCUGUCGGGCCUGCCGGGGCAAGGUCUUACUUUGGGAGGUCAGGUGCUGGGACAUCAGUACCUAUCGGGCGCCUGGCCUUCACCGUCAGUGCUGCCCACCCUACCGGAGGGCGUUACGGACAGCGGAAUGACAACAGUUGAUAGAGCUGUGGUGGCGGCGGCGGCGGCGGUUUCGGGACCCAGAAGCGGCGGCGGCGGCGCCGCCGCAACAUCGGGAGGUGUUUCCGACGACUUGCUUGCAGCCAUGCACGCUGGUCGCAUCCUUCCUCACGCCCAGUCGACACCGACGACGCCGCUGCUGGGGCAGCUGCACGCUCUGUCGCCGCUACGGCUGCGGCCGAUGCCGUACACCACGCUUGCUGGCGCAUCGUCACAGCUAUCGCCGGCUGUGCCGCCGGCGGUAGCGGCAGCGGCGGCACCGUCAAGCCAGCCUCUGUCAUCCCGUGGUGGCGGCGCGCUGGCAGUGGCAAUGGCGGCGGCCAGGGCGGCGGCGGGGGGGGCGUCCUUGGCAUCACAGCGUCAGCUCUCUACACGGCUGGCGUUAAUUUUCGCCUCUGUGCACGACGCCGUUUGUUUCUGUGUGCACAUGCAGGCAAUGUUAACCAACUGUCGAUGGCCUUCCGAGGUUCUGGAGCUGUCCAGCUGUCAACCGAUUGCCGUACGGCCCAGAGCUGUCAGCGCCGACGUACAACAGCAGGCAUGCGGCGCCGGCGGCAGCCCGCGUGCUGACGCCAGGAAGGGGGGCGUCGACGGCGUCGAUGGGGCGGCAGCCGCCGCUGGCGCCAUGUCCACCGGCGUCAGCGGUAUGGCCGGGUGUACGGAUCCCGGUGGCGACGGCGUCGUCAUGGCAUCGACGGCAUCCUCCUUCAUCACAUCCGCAACACCGUCGCCCUUCACCCCCACUGGAGCUGUCGACAGAAUGAAGUCUCUGAUCAGCGGCGGUGCGAAGGGAAGAUCUGGCCGAGCGCUGCGGCAGGGCCAUCUAUCUCCUAGGCUGGCGGUGCACGGCCUCGGCGGUGGCGCCGCCGCUGCCGCUGCCGUACCCGUAGCCACCGCCGCCGGUCUAGCGGCGGCCCCGGAAAGGUCGGCGCUCUCCGUCAGCCGCUUCGCCACCGCAUCACUGGGCCCAGGCACCUCGGCCGGCGGCUGCGGAACCGUCGCCAGGCCUUUCACCUCCCGCAGCCUUAUGCCGUACACGAGCUUCGGCGGCUCUGCACACCUUGGGUCCGACCCAUGGGUCGUCGGCGGCCAAAUUUCCUCCGCAGGGUGCUCCCGGAGUGGAAGCACAACAGUUUGGCGACCGCCGCUACUCAAUGGCUCGUUCAACAGUCGCGGCGGCAGCGGCGGCGGCAGAUAUACGGCAGCUGUGCCGGGAGGCACGGCAAUGAUGACCUCGGGCUUGCAGUACGGCGGCGGCGGUGACUUCUGCCCGGGAUCCCAUAUCCAACCACCGCGCUCGGCGCUCGGCAGGGUUUCUCGCAGCGGUGGCGGCGGCGGCGGUGGUGGCGGUGGUGGCGUCAGCCCAGCGUACGGCAGCUCCCUGGCAAGAGUGCCGCACAUGGGUGCCGUAUCCCAACCGCUUCCAAAGCUAAAUACCGUACAGUUCUCGCCAUCAUUUCCUGAACAAGCCAGCCUCUGUACCGCCACAAGCACUACUGCCAUGAGAUUCCCGAUGCCACAUGGGUGCGGCCGUACAGCUGCCAUACAGCGCUCAGGAUGUGUCGUACCAGAUGUAGCGACUACGGCACCCCCGAUGGCGACGGGUGGCGGGGCCCGCGCGAGCUCCGUGCUUACUUCCCCGCCUGGCAUUGGCGGCGUCAGUGGCAUCGGCGGCGGCACCAUAACAGCCGCCGCUGCAGCCGUUGCUGCUGGCGGCGGCGGCGGCGGCGCCAUUACCGGAGCAGCGGCUGCACUGGAAAGUGGCGAUUCCGGACUACCUGGUCGGAUAGGCGGCUGCUCAGAUCGCGACACCGCCAUGGGUAUCAUUCUCGGCAGCUUGGACUACGAUACCGACGGUGAGGCAGCGGGACUUCAACAUGUCCCGUCACCGCCACCGUACUUCACGAUUGCGUCUACUGCAGAAGGAAAAGACGUCGACGGCGGCGCCGCGGCGAUGAUGACGGCGUACGGCGGCACUGGUACCACCGGCGACGUCAGUGACAGAGUGGUGGCGGCACAGGUCGGCAGUGGUGGAGGUGGUGGUGAUGGUGGGGCCAACUGCUACCCAGUUCAAGCCGCGUCACCGGCACAACUUCCUGGCGUUACGUACGACAAUGUGUACGACAAAGCAGCGGGGACGUCGCCGACAGGAGGUUUCCAGGCCCGCCGGCAUUCUUCGUAUGGUGAUGGCUCCGCCACCUCGCCCGCCGCCCCGAUGCCACCGAUGCCGCAGUUGUUCAUCAUUCCGGCGGUACGGAACAUGCAACAGGCGAUGCCAACGCCGGAGCAGGUGGAUGCGCAUGCAGCCAUGCCGCCAUCUUGGAAGUCACCGCCCGACACGUCCUCGUUGAGGAGUGCUGCAACCCCGGUAACAUGCGAGAUCGGUAGGACUUACCCGUUGUACGGCGCACCGGCAACGCUGAAGCUCAACACUGACAUCGAUGCGCCGCCGCUGUUAUCUGUGCCGCCGUUCGCGGCGGCGGCGACGGUAGUGUCAGACGUCAAUGCUGGCGGCGGAUGCGACGUGGGGGAGCUGUCUCUCAGCUUAGCGGCUGGGUUUCGGAAAGUGCCCACGGCGGAAGUGUUGCCGCUGCCGCCGCCGCCGCCAGCGCCCCCGCCAGCGCCAUCCCUGGCGGAGAUGGCGGAGGAGAUGGUUGUGGGAUCGCACGGCGCCUGGAUCCACCCACCACAACCCUGGUACGGCCGUCCGGUGGCAGAAUGUAAGGAAGAAAUAUCUUCCAGUACGAACAACCUGAACCCUGCUUCGACCAUAGGAUCGGCACUGACAGCGACAAGCUUAAGCGGUGAUUGCCGUACAAGCAGGGAUGUAACCAGGCGAGCAGCAACGGCGGUGUUGGAGGCUGGCGACGGGAGCGCGACGGGGCUGGGGCCUUCCCGCAUGGUGGGCGCCGUGCAGGAUACGAUGUACGACACUGCGCCAGUAGUUAGCGGGGGCGGAGGCGGUCAUGGUCUGCGGAACCCGGUGUACGACGGUACCAACGCCAACAGCCUUGGUAGUGGCGGCGGCCAACCGUCGCAUGUGGUAGUGGCGGCAGUGGCGCCUCCGCCAUUGCCGCCGGCGGCGCCGCCGCCGUCGCGCCGGAGCGUCCGUAGCUUCGGAGAGCAGGUGCGACUGACCUUCGAGGAGCUUAUGGGCGUAGAGCGAAGUAAUUUGGAGGACGGCGUCACGGUCAUCUUCCGCGGUCCACGUGUCGUGUGCGGUAUCAGUACUUGGCAGUACGGCGACGAGGAAUGUACGGAUAUGUACGGCAGGCGACGGACCGCUAUAGACAGCGGUGAUCAGCAUCUCUACGCGACUCAGUCUAACCCACUCUUCUACAAAACCGCUAACGGCGUGCUCCCUGCGUUGACGCCGUCGUAUGGUGGCGGUACGGACAUCACUAGCGACCAUGUUGACGACGAUGUUCCAAACCCAGAAGGCGCACCCGCCACGAGCGUCGGGGGCCUUGGUAGCGGCGCCGACGACGGUGGCGGCGGGGCUCCUGAUGACGCUCGUGUCGGUGUUGUACGGCGGCGUACGACGAUCAUGUCGCCCGAAGCACGGAAGUACUUGCGACGGCGGCGGAUGCCGGCGCCGCUGCGCCGCGCACUGGCAAUCUGCGAGAGCGGACAGGGCGGGUUUGUACUGCUAGAUGGGGCGACGUACAGUGCGUCAUCGCAGGAGGCCCUACAAGAACAAUGCAUGAUCCUGCACAUGGGCGAAUACGUGCUGGCCGGUGUACGGCGCCCACUGGACCUCUACCUCGCGCUGGACUUCGCACACCUUGCCAGGGUGGCAUACCUGCGACCCCUGGCGUGCGCUGAGCAGCUGAGCUUGGGUUUGCCCUCCGCUCCCGUCAACACAGCCUCCAUCUGCUUUUCUUUGGUGGUCGGGAUGCAGACCCUGCUGGCCUGGAACACGGAAGUAGCCAAGGCGGCGCUGGCCGUGCUGCGGGAUGCAGUGCUGCCGGCCCUGCUCAGCCACGGUGGAUAUCUGGUAGAGGACGCGGAUGGUUUGUUGCUGACGGCCUUCUCCAGCAGCCGGUCGGGCCUGGCCUGGGCUCUUGAGUGUCAGGAAGAGGCCAAGCACCUCGACUGGCCGAAGGAGUUGCUCGGCCAUGAUCUGGGCAAGGAGCUGUACAUGGAUGACCUGGACAUGGAAGGAAAAGAGGAGGAGGAAGAGGACGGGGACAGGGAGAGUGGCAACGAUAUAUUGCCCGUGGGGCUACCGCCGGCACCCCCAGUGCCCCAUGUCAAUGGUGGCGACGGCGGCGAUGGUUCCACCGCUGCUGCUGCUGCCGCUGCACCUUAUCCUCGACGGCAUUUGGUUUUUCGGGGCCUCCGCAUCAAGAGCGGCCUAGACUGCGGUGAUGUGUUGGCAAGAGUACAUGCGACCACAGGGCGGAUGACGUACCGGGGUCGGGUCAUGAAUCGCGCGGCACGUAUUGCUGGCAUGGCCACCGGAGGUCAGGUGCUAUGUUCUCGAGGGCUGUGGGACAGCAGCGGCCUGGCGGCGGCUCCCGACCUUUGUCAACAGGCACUGGCAGUGGGGGCGAGCCUUGGCGACGUGCAACUCAAGGGGCUGUCCACGAAGAUGGAAAUCAUCAUCAUUCCUGUGGCUCAUGAAGAUGUCGUAUUGGAAAAUAGCAUAGGGCCCAUCGGCACUGCGCCCUUCCAGUUCCAUCAAAAGCCAGGUAUGCAGGAGCAGCAGCACCAGCAGCAGGAGCAGGACGAGGAUGCAGAGGACAACGGUGCCGACGUCGACGUCGAAGCCAGGGAUGGCGCCGACGCCAUCCCGCCGAAGCCAGGGAUGGCGCCGAACUGUGCCGUCCGGACAGUUCCUUCCGGUGGCGGAAAUUACCCAGGCACGGCAACGGCGACGGCAGCGCCGUGCCCUCUGGACGGCGGCGGAUCAACACCCACCGGGGCAUAUCCAGGGAGCCUUGCGUCGGCCGUACCAGCUCUGUCGGAGUACGACUCCGACGGCAGCGGCAAAGAAUGUGCUGGCGGUAGUGGCGGGGGCAGCAUCAGGAUCGGUCCGGGUGCUGCCGCCGGAGAGAGCUCUGCUGCCGUCGUCGCCGCCGCUGCGGCAGUGGAGUCAGCGACGGCCGGCAGCGUCGCUCCUGCUGCCGCCGUUGUUACCGCCGCUGCCGAAUCCGUUCCAUAUGUAUCUAAAGCACUUGCGGUAGCUCGCAUGCGGCAUGCGAGCCAGCUGAGGCUUAACCGCUGUGUCCACGGCAGCGGCGGCGGUAUCCGUGGCGGUAGUGGUGCCGUACAGGCGGCUGUGCUGGCGGCGCAGGAUGAAGAUGACGACAUGGCGGAUCGGCUGGUCGCGGGCUACAGCUCCGACGGCAGUGGCGUCGACAGCGGCGACGGGGGGCCCGGCAGCGGCAGCGACGGCGGCAGCGCUGCAGAACCUGACCGAGUUCGUGUUGUUGUCAAUGGCACUUCUGGCGGUGUGGCAGCAUUACAUGGAAUGCUCCGCCGCCAGCGACCCGCUGGCAGUACGACAACAGCGGGGCUGUCCAGCGCCGCCAGCGGCGGAGCGGGCCAAGGCAAUGCCGCUGGAGCCGCUGUCCUCUCCGCAGCUGCAACCGCUGCCGCUGCCGGCGGCGGCAGUGGUGGCACAGCAAGAGGAGGCCAUCUUGCCAUGGCGGCGGCGGCAAACUUUAAAAAGGCGUUUCGUGUCGUCAAGAGGUCAAUCCUGGAGGAGCCGGACGGCGGUGGCCUUGCCAGCGCCUCCACCGCCGGAGGCUACGGCAGCGAUCGAUCCAGUGACGGCGACGGUGGCACUGGCGCUGGCGUCAGCGGCGGCGUGGAGGCCACGAAGCUUCGCCGGCCGCCGCCGCGGCGUGCGAGCGAGCUGGUGAAGUCCUCCGCAGCAGCCGUGACGGCGGCUGCGGGCGCCGGCGGUGCCCGUCUGUUCAAUCGUCUACGCGGCCUAGCCGUCGUACGUGGUGGCGGCGGGAUUAACCUCAGAGGUCGCGGUGGCGGCGAGGCAUUAAGCCGUUUUGACGAGCUGGAGGAAGACGACGAGUCGCGCUUCCGACCCACGUCAUCUGCCACCUCAGCGUUUUUCCCAUCGCUAUCACGGCCGCGUCUACGUGACGGCAGCGGCGGCGGCCUGUCGUACACUACAACGGAGCGAAGCAGCAGUUGCAACCCGUCACCGUUACAUCUCGUGAGUGUCGCCGGCCAGGCCUCUCGCACCGUUGCUGGCGGCGGCGGCGGCGGCACUGGCAGCGGUGACGCUACGGCCGCUGGCGGCAGCGGCGUCUUCGCGCGCGCCAGUAGCCGUCUAGGUGGCAACAGCCUGGUUGCGGAAAUGAGCCUUGCCUCCAUGACAAUGCGGCGACAAAUGCCCGUCUCGCGAUUUCUGAAAUCUUCUGCCAGCAGCGGCGGUGGCGGCGGCGGCGGUGGCGGCAGUGGCGUUGGCGGCAUGGGUACGGCACUGCCACCCACCUCACCCGUUACGUUACUGUCCACAUUGCCGAUGACGUCAUCAUCAGCAUCGACGCCGGGGGAGGCGGCGGCAGCGGCGCAAUCGAUGUCGCCAAAGCAGCGAGGGCCCCCGCAGUUGUACGGAAGACCCCGAUCGAACAGCGGCGAGGGCGCACGUAUAUUCCGCGUCGGGGGUGUCGGCACCGGUGGUGAAGCCACCACGUACGGCAUUCAGGAAGCAGACGGGGAGGAAGAGGAGAGUGAGCUGGAGGGGGCCGAGGCGGCGGGCACCGGGGAUGAUACGGUUAAGAUUAGCACCGCUGGCAGCUUCACGGCAGAGGCGGAGACGGAGGCGACCGCACCUGGCUGGGCUUCCACCUUACGCCGCGGCUCCGAAACCCGGUCCUUCCAUGUUUCGCCGCUACGUGGUGGCGGCGGCAGCGCCUCCGCCAUCGGUACGGUACCCUCCCUGCCGUUUCGUCUGGCUUCCUUCACGUCGUCGUUCCUGCAGCGCGCUGUGUCCAGGAAGCUUUCACCCACGGCAGCGGCAGCGUCGGCGGCGGCAGUCAUUGCACCCGGAGAAGAUGUCGUACGGCCGUACAGUGGCAGUACGGUGGCUGGAACGGUGUCGCCCGCUGGUGUUGCACUUGACGGCGGUGCGCAGCGGUCGGUCUCGUUUCUAAGGGCUCGGGGUGGUGGCGGAAGCAGCAUAGGCGACGGCAAGCAAGGCAGCGGUGACGGCAGCGUGUCGCCGCCACCGCCGCCGCCGCUGCAACCGGCUUCGGCACAACUCGCCGUCAUGGACGACAGCCGCAACGGUGGCACGGCGGUGCACAUGCCGACGGCAGCGGCGGCGGCGGCGGCGAUGUCGCCGCCAACUCAGACCACAGCAACGCACCUGUCGCGCGUCGAUUCACUGCGGCGAAACUCAUCCAAGGAAUCCAGUGCUACCGUUCACACUGCCAUACAUGAAGUCUUACAGAUCCGCCCGUCGGACGGUUUGUACGGUCACGUAUUCCCAAGCCCGACCGCCACCACGUCGGCAGUUUCGCCAUCGGGGACAGCGUCGUUAUCAGGGCCGCCGCCACCGCCGUCGUUCCAGCCGGUACGGCUGGGCCGUUCCGCCACCGGUCUAGGUUUCGGUGCCGCGACGGAGGCGGCUGGAAAAAGUGUAAAUGGACAGGAGCAUCGUUCAACAUCCGCAGGACAGGAGGGCCAGGGAGGGGUGGCUUCGCCACCCGUUUCCGCCGCCAGCCGAUACGGCAAUCCUUUGACGUCGGCUCUCGAAGCCACGCCCCCAUCACCCCGCUGCGACGGUUCCACUCCACCGUUAGAGCCGCAUAUGUCCAUAUACACCGGUGACGGUGACGGCGGCGGCGACAGCGGCAUCAGCAAUUAUGGCGUGUACGGCGGCAGUAGUGCUCGGAUGCAUCAGCAGACGGUUGUCAAUGCUGGCGUCGUCGCCAACCCAGCAGAUACUCACGCCGUCGGCCGGCGGCGGGCCGUGUCUCACUACUUAAUGGACGAGUCUGUCGACGGUGGCGGCGCUGAUGGCGGCGGCCUUGGAAGUCCUGCGAACGCGGCUGCGGCGGCGCCGCCGACGGGACAGCGGAGCCAGCGGCGGCGGUCCGUAAUCGAGGUGAGUGGGAACGUGCUGUUCCUCAACGCCAGGUCGUCGUACGCCGACAGCGGAUGGCAACUGCCCGCGGAGUCGGAGACGUACGGUUGCGGCGGCAGCAGCACCAUGCUAGCGGAUCAAUCCUGCGAUGGUGGCGCUGGCGAUGCCGUGGAGCCGGAUGCCAUGUACGACGUGUACGAGUUUGCCGAUUUGCUGCACCACGAUGUUUACAGUGGCCAGCUUGCAGCCGCUGCCAAGGCGUCGCCGCCGUCGCCGCCGCCGCCGCUAUCAUUGGCCGCUGCCGUACCCAGCGCUCCGCGUCGUCGCCGGAGCCGCCGCAGUACGAAUCUUUUAGCUGGCGUAGGUAGCGGUAGCGGCGGUGGGAAUGGCGGCGGCGGAGGAGAAACUAAUCUCCGUACGGAUGUCGGCAGCCGGCCGUACUCGCAAUUUCGGCAGCUAUCUAGCAGCUUCAAGGGUGGCAGCCAUGAUGUGGGCGGUUCUAAUUCUCAGCAAAGGCGCUCCCAGCCUGUAAUGCAUUCACCUCGUCCUCUCGCGCACUUCGCUGCCGUCACCGCGGCAGCAGCUACCGCGGGCGACGACAGUGGCAUCGGCAACGGCAACGGCAGUGGCAGCGGCGCAGCCUUCGGCCAAGUGCAACGCUCUAAUACGUCUGCUGCUCACGACCUUGAGCCCGGCGGGGCCGUGAGUGGCCUGGGGCGGCUUGUACGGGGGCUCAACGGGCUAAUCGGCCGCGCAAACAGUACGACAUGCAAUGGCGGCCGCCGCCACCUCUCUGGCGGCUCCCGUCAGGUCUUUGGCAGCCAACGCCGCGGCAGCGUCAACGCCGCCUCCGGCGUAAUGCGCAGCAGCGGCUCCGCCACUGUUGACUUGUACUGCGAUCGCGGCAGUAGCGGUGACGACAGGCUGGAGCGCGGCACCGUCGUCGUUGCCGCUACUGCCGCUGCCGCAGCAGCGACGGACUGCGGUGGCGGCAGCGCCAGCGGAGAGCCGACCACAGCAACGGCAAGCGGACGGCGGUUGGUUCCGGAGCUGGCACGAUCGGCACGAGAGCUGGUGAGUAGGGUCUGGAGCAUGCGCAGCACGCACAGCAUCGGCAACGAAAGCGAUGGCGGCGGCGGCGGCGGUGGCGGUAGCGUCAGUGCUGGUGCCACAAGCAGCAGCGGUGGCGUCAGACGAGACGUGGCUGUCAGCCCGGAACUUACGGCGGCGGCGACGGCCGCGAUGCCGCAAUUGGCUUGCGGCUCUUUAGCAGCAGAGGCGGCUUUGGCGGCGGUCAUGCGUACCAUUAAACAGGAACGAUAA